AUGGCAUCAGUAGAUUUUAAGACCUAUGUGGACCAGGCCUACAGAGCUGCAGAGGAAUUUGUCAAUGUCUACUAUACGACUAUGGAUAAGUGGCGGUGGGUACUGUCCCGCCUAUACAUGGGCACAGCCACUUUUGUAUGGAAUGGAAAUGCUGUUUCAGGACAAGAAUCCUUGAGUGAGUUUUUUGAGAUGUUGCCUUCCAGUGAGUUCCAAAUCAACGUGGUAAACUGCCAGACUGUCCAUGAUGAAGCUACAUCAAGCCAGACCACGGUGCUUGUGGUCAUCUGUGGAACAGAGAAGCUUGAGGGCAACAAACAGCGGGACUUCAACCAGAACUUCAUCUUGACUACUCAGGCGUCACCCAGUAACACAGUGUGGAAGAUAGCAAGUGACGGCUUCCUGUUCCAGGACUGGGCCAGCUAGUGAGGGUGACAAAGGCAUCUUGGCUUAAGCCCAGCUCUGCAGAGAAAUGCCAGUCUCAAAUCUCAGGAUGUGGAGAACACAAGUUCAUUUUUGUUGUCACAGCAGCACUGUAGACUGGAUGUUCAACUCCUAGAAUCCCUUUCCUGGUUAUAUACUGGUUUGUCACAGUUGCCUUUUAAAAGUAGUAAACUUGCUAUUUUUCUACUUACUCAGUAGAGACCCUGUUUCUGGAACUUGACAAAUAAAUAUGUUGCUUUUC